CACCUCCCCUCCUUUAUAAUGUUGUUUCAUUUGCUCGAAUGAGCGCACUACGCGCGGCUGCACAAAAACAGGCCGACCAUGAUGCUUUAUCGAACUCGCUCUGCGCCUUUUGCCCUAAUUUUUCUGAUAUUAUAGCACCUAAUCGAAUAUGGUGGAUGAUGGGAAGGUAGAAAUUUGCGACCGGCAUUCCCGCCGGCCAUCAAAAUUUAGGGUUAGUGACAGAGAAGAAAGCUUUGAUCGCUUGAGCGAUUUACCUGACGCCCUUCUCCUUCAAAUUCUGUCAUACUUUUCUCUCGAUGAUGCUAUUACAACCAGUCUCCUGUCAAGAAGAUGGAGGAACCUAUGGAAAUGGAUAGAUAACUUGGAUUUCCCGAUGCAGUGCGGCAAAUCAAAAAGAAAUUCGUUACAGUUCAUCGAGAGAUCGCUCAGCUUGCACGAGGGCAUAAAAAUCAAGAGAUUUUGUGCUCGGUUCCGCUACAAUUCAAACUUCAUAUCUCAUGUUGAUUCCUGGGUGCGGUUUGCAGUCGCUCGAAACGUUGAAAAACUCGUUCUUGAUCCUUUCUACGUCGAAAAUGGAGUCCAGCCUUAUAUGAUACCUGUAAAUCUUUACAAAUGUGGCUCAUUAAAGGAGCUGGAAGUGAAUCUCUGUAGAUUCUCCCCGCCGCCUUCGUUCCUCCUGCGCUCAUUAACGAAGCUCACGAUCAACAACACGGUUUUUGCCGGCGAUACGUUGAAGACACUGAUUUCAGGAUGCCCAGCUCUUGAAGAAUUGGCGCUGGUGAACUGCAACCAAGCUCGCGAUCUCGAAGUUGUGGUUCUGAAUCGAAAUCUCGAGAGGAUGAAGAUUGUGGAGUUUCCUGACGAAAUGGAGGAGGGGACGGAGGUGAAAAUUUAUGCUCCUUAUCUCUUACAUUUGGAGCUUCAGUCUGGGGAUUUCAGGCCUUGUGUUAUACAGGAUGCUUCCUCUAUUGUGUCUGCUUGGCUUGAUUUGAGAAAGAUGGUUACCUGUUUAUCAUUCAAUGCUUAUAAUCAGAAGAAUUACUGUAAGAUAUUGGUGAAUAUUAUGAUAGGUCUUCAUGAAGUGGAGACUUUGAGGCUUUCUAGCUGGUGUGUUCAGGCACUGCUCGCCCAAGAAGAUUUGCACAGUUGUUUGCCAACAACACUACAAAACCUGAAACAUCUAAAGCUGGAUGUGCAGUUAACCAAAGAAGAACUCCCUGGAAUUGCCUGCUUGCUAAGUAGCUCUCCUGAGCUAGAGAGCUUGAACAUUCAACUUUGUAGACAAGCCCAUAUGGACAAGGACAUGAUUAACCCUACGGAUUCUAAUCGAAGCGAAUGGAGCUUUUGGGAUAGCCAUGAAUCUUCUUUCUACAGCCUGAAAUAUAAUCUGAAGAAGGUUUUAAUUGAAAAUUUUAAAGGAGAAGAGAAUGAAAUGAGAUUCUUAGCUUUCCUGCUCAGGAACUCAAUUGUCUUAAAGCAAGUAGUAAUAUCAAUGUCAGUCCAGCCCUUAUCUUUUACUGGCUCAGGUGAAGCAUAUGUGGAGUAUUGCAGUAAACCUGGAAGAGCUUCCAAGAAAUACCUUCAGAGUAUCAGAAAACUGAUGGAGUACCCGAGACCUCCACAGACUGAAAUUCUGUUUUUUGGAAGCCAACCUGCUUGUUUUUAAUAGAUUCUGACAGCAAAAACAAAACUUUAUUCAUGAAAAAUAAAGUGUCGAAAUAGUCCCCGGACUAUUUACUUGGGGUCUAUAAAAGUUUCAAAUUAGCCCUAAACUUUUUUAAUAUGAGCUAAAAUGAUCUCAGAGAGAACUAUUUUAAUCAUUGUUAAAAGAGCAUGGGGUUUAACUUGUAAUUUUUAUGGAGUCUGAGACUAAAAUGACUCCCUACAAGUUGGGGAUCAUUUUGACAUUUUUCUCAUGAAAAAUGUAAGUUUGUAUAGUUAUACGAUGAUCAUAACCAUCAUAUAGACCCUGAAAAAUAACCAUUUUAUGUAAAUAUUAGUAAUGCUAUCUCCUGGGGGAUACAGUAAAGCAGAGUUGUGGAGCUGAGUUGUUGUGAGUCUGGCUAUGUACAUUAUGAAAUGUGUGUAUGUAUGUUUGUAUCUAUGGCCUCUGAUGCAUCAAGAAGUAAAUAACGUUUUGGUUCAUGAUUAAUGCUAAGUAUUUGAUUUGUUGGCUAAUUUCUGGUAAUUACUAUUUUUAAGA